AUGUCAACUGAUUUCAAUGCUGUAGCAACUGAAUUUUGCAAUUUCUACUACAACCAAUUCGACAGCGAUAGAACUCAAUUGGGAAACCUAUACAGACCGGAGUCAAUGUUAACUUUUGAGACUUCUCAAUUACAGGGUGCAAGGGAUAUUGUUGAGAAAUUGUCUUCUUUACCUUUCCAAAAAGUUGCACAUAGGGUUUCGACUUUGGACGCUCAACCUGCAUCUCCAAAUGGUGAUAUCUUGGUCAUGGUUACAGGAGAAUUGUUGAUAGAUGAAGAGCAAAAUGCGCAACGUUAUUCUCAAGUGUUUCAUUUGAUUCCAGAUGGUGGAUCAUACUAUGUCUUCAAUGACAUCUUUAGGUUGAACUACUCCUAA